AAAAAUUUCCACUUUCGAUUCAUUUCGAUUGAAUUCAAUUCAAUCCAAUUCAAUUCAAUUCAUUCUCAGUUUCCAUCCAGGCACUCCGUGUAUGAUGCAAGAUAGAAGCGCCACGCCCACCGAAACGACGCCGUUGGUGGCUCAGAAUGACCAUUUAAGAAAUGAUGGGCUUAUCCCUCAACUAUUUACCUCUGUACCAGUUUUCAAUGAAGCUGCGUCUUAUCUUUCUCAGACAACUUCAUUAUUUACACAGUGUUUCACUGAUCAUUCUGUGGAACCUUCAUCUAGAGAUUUUGGGGAUUCCAAUGUAAAUGCUCAAGAACUGGUGACCUUCUCAUCUGGAGAAAGUAGGGGCUCUCUUGCUACAUCUAGUGAUCAUGCGUCUUCAAGUGUGAGUUCGUCAUCUGCAGAGUCAUCUCAUACUGCAACCAAUGCUCCCUCAAAUCUUGAUGGAGCAGUGAAAUGCUCUCCCGAAAAUUCAUCUCAAACUUCUACUGCGAUCAUAGAAUCUAAUCGCGGCCAAAAUGGCAUCUCUAUCUUCCAAGGUCUCAUUGAUCGGGUGCGAAAAACUGUCCGUGGGUCUGCAGAUGAUAUAGGAUGGCUACAGCGUGAUCCGACUAUGCCUUCUGUUGAAGACGGAACUGAAAGAUUCAAGGAAAUUCUUGGGGAUAUCAGGCAUGGUGUUCACAGAUUGCCAAACUCAAUGGUUUGUUUGUUGGUUCCAGGUCUUUUCAGCAACCACGGACCACUAUAUUUUGUAAAUACAAAAAUGAGUUUGUCAAAGAUUGGACUGGCUUGUCAUAUAGCCAAAAUUCAUAGUGAGGCUUCGGUUGAGAAAAAUGCUCGAGAGAUAAAAGAAUACAUUGAGGAAUUCUAUUGGGGUUCGAAAAAGCGUGUGUUAGUUCUUGGACAUAGCAAAGGGGGAAUAGAUGCAGCUGCUGCUAUGUCAUUGUAUUGGCCUGAUUUGAAAGAUAAAGUUGCUGGAUUGGUGUUGGCCCAAAGUCCAUAUGGGGGUAGCCCAAUAGCUACAGAUAUAUUGCGAGAGGGACAGCUUGGUGAUUAUGUAAACUUACGGAAGCUAAUGGAGUUUCUGAUCUGCCAAGUAAUUAAGGGCGAUUUGCAAGCUCUGGAAGACUUAACUUAUGACAGAAGAAGAGAAUUUCUGAAGAAACAUCCAUUACCAAAGGAUCUCCCGGUUGUUUCAUAUCACACUGAAGCUGCCAUUUCUCCAGCUGUUUUAGCUACAUUAUCACGGGUAGCACAUGCUGAACUACCUAUGGUUGCUUCCGCAGGCCAACCAGCAAAACUCCCAGUAGUGAUACCUCUUGGUGCAGCUAUGGCUGCCUGUGCCCAGCUUCUGCAGGUCAGAUAUGGCAAGAAGAGUGAUGGACUUGUCACAUGCUGUGAUGCUGAAGUUCCGGGAUCCAUUGUUGUCCGUCCCGAACGUAAAUUGGACCAUGCCUGGAUGGUUUAUUCAUCAAAGGAAGAUGACCCUUCAGAAGCCGAUGCUUCUCAAGUGUGUGAAGCUCUUCUGAUGUUGCUUGUAGAAGCUGAGCAAAAUAAGAGAAAUGACCAUGCAACGAAAGAUGAUUGAGACCGAUGUGCAUCACUGUACUCUCCAUUGUUCUCUUGUUGUAAUAUUGUCGUAGGUAUUUCUGCCUUUCGUACAUAGUUGAAGCUGUUACUUAAUGUUACUUACCACGUUCUGUCCCUUUCCCAUUCUUUUCAUUCAAUUGGAGGAAAGCCGAAUGACCAUCAAGUAUCAAA